AUGUUUAGAAUUCAUACCAGCACCAUUGUCUUGCUUUUCCUCGCUCUAUCCCUGUGCUCAUCUCCGAUCACCUCCGCUCAAAGCACCAAGCCAACAGCCGUCAGCGACUCAACCACGGCGACUUGCAAGGCGCAAUGGCAGCGCCAAGCCGAUUACUCUGGUAAACCGAUUCCUAAACAUCCAUCCAGAGUUCAAGUGACUAAUCUUCAUUCUCUCCAUCUCAUGAUGAAACUAUCAGAUUGUAUAGAUUUGAAUGGCGUGUACAACGCUUGUACCUCAUGCCAAAUUGGCACUGAAACCCAGGAAGCCACACGUGUAUAUGCUUCCAAAUGCCGAUUUUUGCCCGGUGUUCUCAAAAAUCCAACUAAAAGAUCAUCCGGCCACAAGAGAGCCGUGGAACCGAGCAAAGAAAAUGGUGUUCAACCCUGUGACUGGUUUCAACUGGAGACCGAUGCGGCAGGCAAUUUUGUACCCAAAGGCAAGAUUUCCUGUCAUCAAACAUCCCCCACGUUUGCGGCCUAUGAAUGCGAGAAGCUAGUCUCCCCGCCAGUUUGCAAAGGCUGUACACAGCCAAUCACCACCGCGAAGAAGAAUGUGUAG